AUGAGGUUUGGUAGAAAAGGGAAGCUUAGCCCGAGAUAUAUAGGGCCUUAUCCGAUUCUUGAAAGGAUUGGGCUUGUGGCGUAUCGUCUAGCUUUACCUCUAGAGUUAUCUUCAGUGCAUUCAGUGUUUCAUGUGUCCAUGCUGAAAAAGUACUUUCACGACCUGAGUCAUGUAAUUGAUAGGCAGGACAUAGAGUUUGAUGAUACUCUGUCAUAUGAGGAGGUCCCUGUAGCUAUAAUAGACAGGCAGGUUCGUAGACUUCGAACCAAAGAUGUUGCUUCGGUAAAAGUAAUAAGGAGCAACCAUUCAGCUGAGGAAGCUACGUGGGAGCCAUAG